AGCAGCUAUUCAUCUUUCAUUCAAGGAUGCAUCUGGGAUUAAAGGAUUUACAUUCACACUUCAUCAUAUUCACCAUAAGUUAAAUUUAUAUUCAUGUCCUCUCACACAGUUUCAGUGGUGGAACUGGAAGCGUGCACUGGUUUUGGGUCACCACUCUUCUUACAGUAUGAAAGGCCUCCGCUCAGUCCCCCCAAAGAUCUGAACAGAAUAAUGAGCAGUAAACAAGGGGAGUUGCAGAGAGGCAGGAGAGGGGGUGUCCAACUUGAACUGAGGGUACACAAAAGAUGGAGGGGCGUCUCCAUGGCGACUGAGUCAAGCUGUUUGAGUCACAUGACCCGGGUUUCUCUCGAAAACAGUGAGAAGAGGUUUGGAGCUCGGGCUCUAGUCCAUGUUUUGGACACCAAUGGCAGCAACAUGAGUGCAGACCAACAGGACCGAGCGCUGGCAGCAAACGGCCUCCGUCUGAAUGGGAGCGCAGCUUUGGGGCUGCAGGACGAGGAGAUGAACACAGCUCUGUUUGAAUUCAGAGUGUCUAACAUUGUCAUCAUUGCCCUGGCAUUGUGUAUCCUUACUAUCACUGGCCUGUACUGCAUCACUGUCUGCUACAACCGCACCAGGCAGUCAAAGAGAGCCCACAUCUACGAGAGUGCAGUGACUGGAGAUGAGUCUCUGGACCCUGUGGCGGUCAAAGCGGUGAAGAGGUCGACCAGCUUCCUCAACCCCCUCACCUUCUUCAGGAAACCAGAGGCAGCAAAGGACAACUCCAAGAUCUACUACAUCUACAGUAACCCGCUUCCUGUAGGAGAGAGGGAGAACGAGGAUGAGGAGAGGGGCAGUAAAACCAGAUGGGAACCAGAGGAGCAAAGCGCUCUGACGCCCCCCCUGUCAUUUAAAGAGUACGCCAACGACCCUGACAGCGGCGUCACCCUGGAUCCUCCAAUAUUUUACAUGCAGCUUUAAGAGUUUGUGGGGAGCAGGUUAGUUAGAGAUGCUCUGAGAAGUCUGAUGUUUGACCCCUGCAAUAGUCUGUAUCACCACGUGUGCAUUAUAAACAGGCUAAGACUACAGAUA